CAUAAGACUUACGGCCUUUCGGGACAUACCUUCUGGCCCCGCAAUUCGCGACAGCCCUGAGAUGUCCAAUUCUGUACGAAUACAUUCCAUACAGGCGCAAGCGCAUUGCACACUUUGAGCGCGUUGGACCCAGCAAGCAUGAAGUCACAUCCCCCUAAUGCGCGCUCACGCUACCUCUCUACAAUAUCCACAAUGGAGAAGACGCCUGUCCCUGCGCUAGAAGCCGCGCCGUCAAAAACAAGAUGGCUGUGGCUGCUGAAUGCAGGAGACAUGGCAGCAAGAGCGCGCACAGGUAUCACAUUGGCGGAAAACCUUCCUGGGUACCCCGUGCAGAUUGUAGAAUUAUUGGCAAAGGUAAGUCGAAGUUCUGAAAAAGAGAUGGAAGGCUGACGACUAAGGUGACUUUAAGCCGUAUGCUCUGAUUGAGUACUCGACCGAGGGAGAUGCGGUUGCUGCUUAUGAGAUGGAGUCGAAGGCGCUAUUCGCCUACGCUGCGCCAGCAAUGGUAGAGCAGAUGCUUGCGAGGAUCCGACCGAAUCAUCCAACACCUACCCUCCUUCAGAACGACCCACCGAUACACGAGUUCGACAAUGGCUUGAUCUUGAUCCACGACUUCAUCAGCCGGGAAGAAGAGGAGGAAAUGAUACGAGAAUACCACACCGCGACAGCCGCAAGAGAUGGCCGCGCCCUGAAACGCGGCGCCGUUCACUACGGCCCACACUUCGACUACACAACCUUUGCCGUUUCAAAGUCUGCCAGCACACCACCGCCUGAAUAUCUCACGAGGUUGCUGGCGCGCUUGCCGGCUAGAGAUGGCAGGGAUAUACCUGAUCAGUACACGCUGCAGCAUUACCCGCCUGGUACGGGCAUUCCUCCACACGUGGACACGCACUCGGCUUUUGAAGAGACCAUCUAUAGUCUGAGUUUUGGCGCUUCCACGCGGAUGGAGUUUAAGCUGUGCGGAGAAAAGGAGUCGAGAAGGUUGCGUCUCCCGAAGCGCUCGUUGGGUGAUGAGGUUGAAGCAGCACCAACUCCUGCACCUUCACAGCCUGUGGAGGAGGUGAUUGAGGAAGAGACUGAAGAGUGGGAGCUGGAGUUGCCGGCUAGGUCGUUGUUGCUCAUGAGAGGGCCGUCCAGGUAUGGGUACACUCACGGCAUCAAGGGGAGGAAGCACGAUCAGCAAGGUCUGAGACUGGUGGCCAGACAGGAUCGGUAUUCGUUGACCAUGAGGAGGGUCAAGCCGCCGGAGGAGAUUGGAUGUGAUUGUGAGUAUCCGCAUGUCUGUAGUUGAGUAAUCGCUUCCAUACAAGUGGCCGGAGGAAGCGCGAUGUGAGGGAGAAUAUCGAGUGCAUUGCGGAAAAGCGUCAUACACAGUCUAGGAAACAGCACGGCUAAAUGGCUCGAGAGAAGG